AUGACGGAUCUCCUGCGGGUCUUGCCGCACUUUCCUGUCGGCCAGUAUGCUGCACUCAUCCCGGCUCUGGAGAAACACGAAGUCACCACCACCGAGCUUCUGACCCUUGAUGCCACGGAGCUCGGCAAGCGCACUCAGCUGCCCCUAUUGGAUAUCAAGCGACUUUGCGCUGCCGUCCUGCGAGCGCUGCACUCGGAUCUCGGUGUUGCCCUUCCAGUGUCCACGACCCCGACUGCUGCUGCUGCUGGAGACGGUGGUGGCGGUAAAACAGGCUCAGCGACCGGGGCAGCCACGGUCAAUGUAGAGUCGCAUCUAAAGCCAGAGCUCCCCGGGGCAGUGACCGCAACUACCAUCAACCACCUGGGUAGCCAGCUCCGUCACAACCACGCCCAGCUCGCUGCCAGAUGGUCUACCAUCAGCACUUUGAACCCGGAGCUCGAUGCCGCGCUCGGGGGCGGCAUCCCCACGGGAUACGUCACCGAGAUCACGGGUGAGUCGGGCGCGGGCAAGACUCAGUUCCUCCUCUCGCUGCUGCUGGCUGUCCAGCUGCCCCCGCCCCACGGCCUGGGCCGCAAGGCCAUGUACAUCCCCACCGAGGCCGCCCUCUCCACCAGGCGUGUGGCGCAGAUGCUGUCCGCAAACCCGCUCCUCCUGUCGGCGAGCCCCAGGCCGUCCCUGGACUCCAUCCUCAGCCUCCAGCCGCUCGGCGACAUCGAGGCUCAGGACCACAUACUGUCCUUCCAGGUGCCCCUCGAAGCCGCCCGCCGCGACGUCGGCCUCAUCGUCCUCGACUCAGUCGCCGCAAAUUUCCGCGCCGAGUAUGACGCCGCCGGCAGUAGGAGCACCGGCCUGGCCGCCCGCAGCGCCGAGCUCGUGCGACUCGGCAUGCAGCUGCGCAACCUCGCAAGGUCCCUCAACCUUGCCGUCGUCGUCGCCAACCAGGUCUCGGACCGCUUCGAGUCCAAGAUUCCCGCGCGUCCGCACCUGCCAUUGAUUGCUGCCGUCGCCCCCCCUUCGAGCGAGCAACGUUCUGAAAUACGGCUCGACGCAUCAUCCCAAACCAAAAGCGGAGGUGGGGUGGGAACAACGACGACCACCACCACCACCACCGCCGCCACGGGACCCAUCCGUCUGACCCAGGAAAGCCCACUGGCGUCGCGCAGUCGGCCUUUGCCGGCAACCAACGACCCGCCAUCAUCGUCGCUCGGUCUCUCAGACGUCUCGUGGCCGCGGCCGGUCGACCCGUUGCAGCCGUCGGGCCCCGACAUCCCCGCGCUGCUGCUCGACCACCAGCAACGCUGGUUCACCGGCUGGGGCGACGAGGAGGACUGCUCGAUGAGCGCCGGGAACCAAAAGACGCCGAGCCUGGGCCUGGUCUGGUCGACCCAGAUCUCGGCGCGCAUCGCCCUGCUCAAGAAGUCAGUCUACGGCCGAUCCAGGUACCACGGUGACGAAGACGACGGCGAUGGCAUGGGCCCGACUAUGCACUCCUGGAGAAGAUGGAUGAAGGUCGUUUUUGCACCCCACGUGGCGCCAUCGGGACCGGGGCUAGACGGUGCUGUCGAGUACGAGAUCUACAGUGGUGGGCUGAGGGGAAUAGCAGCCAAGGGCUCGUCGGGCAAGGGGACCAUCAAGAGGAAACGAAGCGACUCGAACAACUAA